GUCAACGGCGGUAGAAGUGUUCGUUCCAUCUUCCAUGUCUCUUGCUCACUACACGAUCAUCAAGCAGUUGGCCCCCGCCAUCUACGGCAAGGUUCUUCUGUGCGUGGACAACAACACGAUGGCCAAAGUCGCCGUCAAGUGCAUGUCGACGCAGGCGAUCGCAAAGAAACGGUCCAUCAAGGGCAACCAUGCGGUCCACGAAGAUGCCGCCAUGGAGCGCAAGGUCAUGCGCCAGCUGAGCGACCGCGGCUGCCACCCCAACAUUCUGCAGUUGUUGAAGGAUUUCCAGGAGAACGGUCAAGACCAUUUGGUGCUUGAAUACUGCUCCCAGGGCGAAUUGUUUGACCUGGUGAUCAACUGCCCCAGUGGACGGCUGUCGCUCCCUCAAUCGAAAGAGUUCUUUUUCCAGAUCGCCAGCGCGGUGUCGUUCAUGCACGCCCGCGGCGUCGCGCACUGCGACCUCUCGCUCGAAAAUGUACUCGUGAACAGCCAGAGCGAGUGCAAGCUGUGCGACUUUGGGCUGGCCGCCGACUUGAACAAGGUCAAGGUGGACGCUGUGGGCAAGUUCUUCUACAUGGCGCCGGAAAUGUACCUCAAGGCGUGCUUUGCGCCCGGGCCGGCCGACGUGUGGUCGCUCGGGAUCAUGCUGUUCAUUAUGAUCACGGGCACCCCGCUGUUCAAGAAGGCCAACGUCGACGACCCGACCUUCGAGUAUUUUCAAGAAAACGGGCUCGGAUGCAUGCUCGCAUGGUGGAAUAUGGACCACUUGUUCCCCGACCAUGUUACGGACAUGCUGGAGCGCAUGCUGGAAGUGAACCCGGCCAAGCGCAUGACCAUGAAGCAGCUCAUGGCGUCCGAGUUUAUGCAGUCAUCCACUGAACCCGUCCAGUUUCGAGGCUAAGGGAUCAGCCAUAUCGAUUUCCAGAAGCCGACAAGCAAAACCAAGCUCCGAGUGGAGCGCAGUGUCGUGUAUGUCUAGUGCUGGCCAUAUGUCGGCCGUCUGUACGACACGCCCUUCCUUGCCCAAGCCCCACGUGAGAUUACCAUUGGUGUGAUAAUAGGGCGCUAUUUAUUCAUACUUCCACAACACUACCAGUAUGUCGGAAGAAAAAAUAUAAUUUUAAUUACUUUGUCUAUCGUCG